AUGCCGUGGAUCGCAGGCGUAGCUGGUGGGCUGCAGUUCUUCCUCAUGGUUGGCUUCUGCUGCCUUUGUACCACAAUCACGACAUUGAGCAUGUCUGCAAUCGCAACCAACGGUAAAGUGCCUGCAGGCGGUUCCUACUUCAUGAUAUCACGCUCAAUUGGUCCGGAGUUCGGUGGAGCAGUUGGAAUUCUCUUCUAUCUCGGCACUUCAAUGGCGGCCGCGAUGUACCUGGUUGGCUCCGUCGAGGUGUUUCUGAAAUACGUAUGCCCAGAGGCUUCUCUCUUCGGCGACAUCAGCAACAGCGCGUCGCUAUUCAACAACACCCGAGUGUACGGAACCAUCUUAACCUUCCUCGUAAUGAUUUGCGUCUUCAUUGGGAUCCGGUUUGUCAGCAAGUUCUCCGUCCUCAGUCUCGUUGCUGUCCUCCUCUCAAUAUUCUGCAUCUACAUUGGCAUUUUCACUGCAAGUCCUGCUAGGAGUCCAUAUGUUUGUGCUCUGGGCGGUCGACUGAUCGCCAAAUCGAAGAUUAUGGAAAACGGAACCCUUCAGUGCCACAAGAAUAUCACCGGUCCGCUUUACGAGUUCUAUUGUGGCCAAAACGUUACUUCGGAUGCUUGUGCAUUUUUUAAUUCCAACAACGUCACAGAAUUCCCUGCUAUUCCUGGCCUUAGCUCAAACAUGUUCUAUGAAAAUGUGCUUUCUUCGUUCUACCGGGAGGCCGGUGAGCCAUACGACGACAUUCCUUUUAAACCCAGUGCCGCCUAUGGUCAGGCUUCCGCAAUCGCUGACAUUACCACAAGCUUUACUAUCCUAUUGGCCAUCUUCUUCCCUUCAGUCACGGGUCUCAUGGCUGGGUCCAACCGGUCCGGUGACCUUGCCAACCCUCAAUUCUCCAUUCCCGUGGGAACUUUAUGCGCCGUUAUGGUUACCAGCUUAGUCUCAGACACACUUAUAGAUCUUUCAACUACUUUGUUCUUUCCCGCGGUGGCCGAUGGUCGUGUUUUGCGAGACAAGUUUGGAGAGUCCAUGGGCGGUGAGAUGCUGGUGGCCGCGCUCGCCUGGCCUCAUUUUUGGGUCAUAAGGAUCGGCACCCUCCUGGCUAGCGUUGGAGCAGGACUGCAGUGUCUUACAGGAGCCCCACGGUUGUUGCAGGCGAUCGCUCAAGACGAAGUCAUUUCCUUCUUGUCAGUUUUCAAAGUUGUCACAAAACGUGGUGAACCCUUGCGUGCCCAGUUGCUCACGUACGCCAUUGGCCAGAGCGCCGUUCUCAUCGCGUCUAUCGACGCGAUCACUCCACUCAUCACCAUGUUCUUCCUUCUUUGUUAUGGGUUCGUUAAUUUGGCAACAGCUUUGAAUGACUACCUAAAGGAACCCAAUUGGAGACCCCGGUUUAAAUACCACCAUUGGUUUUUGUCAAGCAUUGGUGUCUGCUUGUGUCUCAUUCUGAUGUUCAUAUCCAGCUGGUACUAUGCGCUUGCAGCCCUAGCUCUCGCUGGAGGUAUCUACAAAUACAUUGAAUAUAAGGGAGCCUCAAAAGAAUGGGGUGAUGCCACUCGAGGGUUGAAGUUUACGACAGCAACUCGCGCUAUUUUGGCCCUGGGCACAAAGCCUAUUCACACGAAAAACUGGCGACCCCAAUUGCUUGUCUACGUUCCAGUGAAAAACGACCUUUCCGUGGGCGAAAUCAACUUACUUCAUCUUGUUAGGCAACUCAAAGCUGGAAAAGGCUUAACUCUCGUAACUUCUAUUCUUGAGGGUGAUAUUUGCGAAAGGAAAGAUCAUGUUGCGUUUGUAAAGACCCAACUAGAUGAACAGCUGCUCAAGUGCCGAGUAAAGGGUCUUGCAAGCGUGAUCGUUGCCCAGUCGGUUGGAGAGGGCAUGAAAAACAUGACGGCGGAGGCCUGCAGUUUGGCGGUUCUGAUGCCCCGAUUCAUCGAAGGCUUCCCUCAGUCGAAAGAUGCUCCACUAACGGGCACUGUCGAUCUCUGGUUUAUUGUUCACGACGGGGGUAUCCUGCUCCUCAUAGCCUAUCUUCUGCUGCGUAACCGCGUCUGGUGCAAGUGCCGUCUGCGUGUUUUCGUGGUCACAGGCGAACCGGAUACGCAGGGAGUGCUCAAAAAAGUCAUGACAAGAUUUGUUUAUGACCUCCGCAUUUCAGCCGAAGUAGAAAUCGUUGAAAUGUCAAAAACGGACAUUUCUGCUUACGCCGCCCAACGCACAGUAGCAGCUGAUCAGAGAAGGGAACUCCUCAAAGAACUAAAAGUUCAGGAGGUGGCGGCAAAGAGUGACCUACAGACGGUCAUUGACGAGCACUACGUGGGGGUGCGUGACUCCUGCCUGGCUGCAGACGGAGACGCGACUGCCGCUCCCCCGAAGACAUCAAAGAAGACCUCCAUCUUCAAGGCCUUCAUUUCAGGACCCCCACAAGACACACCCAAUUUCAUCUCCUCGAAUGAGCGCAGGGAGUCCAAGGGCAAAGGAGACUCUCAUCUGCUCUCUCCGCUAGCGGCACUCAAGAAGCAACAUCCAGCGACUAAGGAUGAGGAACUUACAUCCACUGCCGAGGCCGAAAAAAAUAUGAACCAGCUCAGUGUGACCUUUGACGACGGAUCGGAAGGCCUCAGGAAGAGUGCCUGUGAAGAGGAUGGUUUGUCCUCUCCGUCCCCAUCAGAGAACAACGCCUCGGUGAAUCAGCGCCUCAACGAGUUUACAUUCUCUCCGGGCGCUUUGCGACCUGGAUUUGCCUCUGGUGAGGAAGAUCUCAACCAAAAUGACGCACAGGCCAUCCAUGACAAAAAGAGGUCAUCACCGCGGCGUCUGCACAGCGCAAAGCGCCUAAACGAGUUGAUUGUGGAGCGCUCGGCUGAGGCAGCUGCCGUUCUCAUCAAUUUGCCUGCGCUUCCCAAGAGCCAGGGCUCCGAGUUCUACUACAUGGAGUACGUCGAAACCCUCACCGAUGGCUUGAAACGCAUCAUCCUGAUACGGGGUUCAGGUCGAGAAGUUAUUACAGCAUUUGCCGAGUAG